CAUAUUUUGUACUCCUCUAAAGUUCAUGUGUUCUAUGUCAAAGAUAGUAGUAAUAUGGUUGUCGGCACAAGUGUUCUUGGUUAUCAUUGACAUGAAGUUUUCAAGUAGCUAAAAAUUGAUCUCUAUGGCAUUUCUACAUAUGGUGAUAUAAUUCCCUUAUAGUUGUAGAUGAGGGCUUAUACUUCUUUUGUAGGAGCAUCUCCACCGUUCAUAAGUUGGCUAACUCGUGCGAUAGCUAAUGAAAGAAGCAUCUCUACUAUUGUAAUAUCAUGAAACUUAUCAGUCUUGUUAACAGAGGCAAGUCAGUUUGAGAGUAGCUAGUUAAAUGGCUUAUGGAAGAAUGAUUAGUUUAGUGUUGGGUAGUCUUGGGUUAUACUUCAUUGGGUUCUUGAAAAAAAUGCAACAGUGGUGAUCUGUGUUGGAAAGAUAGACGUUACGAAGGCAGCAUGCGAAUCAUUUUAUGCGACACGUUAAGCAAAACUCUUGGAUGAAGUUUUGUAUUUUCAAGUAUGACAAAUAGUUGGACCUUCAAAUUUCUCUCAUCAACCACCUUUCUGUCUAAAAAUAUCAUUAUAAACUUGGGGUGUCUGCAGAGGUGGCAAAAUUGGAGUAUGCUAUGGGAGAAAUGCAGAUGAUCUACCCACCCCUGAUAAAGCAGUGCAGCUGAUCAAACUUCACAAUAUCAAAUAUGUAAGGAUAUACGACUCUAAUAUCCAAGUGCUGAAGACAUUUGCAAAUACAGGAAUUGAGCUCAUGAUCGGGAUCCCCAACUCCGACUUGUUAGCGUUCUCUCAAUUCCAAUCCAAUGCUGACACAUGGUUAAAAAACAGCAUUCUCCCGUACUAUCCCGCCACAAAAAUCACUUACAUAACUGUUGGUGCUGAAGUCACUGAAGCUCCCAGUAAUAUCUCCGCAAUGGUAGUUCCUGCAAUGCAAAAUGUCUUAACUUCUCUCAAGAAAGCUGGUCUUCAUAAAAAGAUUAAAGUCUCUAGCACCCAUUCCUUGGGUGUUUUGUCCCGAUCGUUCCCACCUUCUGCAGGGGCUUUCAGCAGUAAAUUUGCGCUCUUUCUGAAACCAAUGUUAGAAUUUCUUGCUGAGAAUCAGUCUCCUUUUAUGGUUAAUAUAUACCCUUACUAUGCCUAUAGAGACUCCUCGAGCAAUGUGUCCCUCGACUAUGCUCUUUUUGAGUCCUCGUCUGAAGUUAUUGAUCCAAAUACUGGUCUGUUAUACACAAACAUGUUUGAUGCUCAGAUUGAUGCAAUUAAUUUUGCACUCAUGGCUUUGAAUUUCCGAACUAUUCAGAUUAUGGUAACUGAGACAGGAUGGCCUUCGAAAGGAUCCCCAAAGGAGACUGCUGCCACUCCAGAUAACGCCCAAACUUACAACACGAAUCUCAUCCGUCAUCUCAUCAAUGACACCGGCACUCCUGCAAAGCCAGGAGGGGAAAUAGAUACAUACAUCUUCUCAUUGUUCAAUGAGAAUAGGAAGCCAGGUUUGGAAUCAGAGAGGAAUUGGGGUCUGUUUUUUCCUGACCAGACAAGUGUUUACAACCUUGAUUUCACUGGAAAGAGUACUGUGGAUAUCAAUCCAGACACAAAUGUGACAACUGGUUCGAAUGGAACAACAUGGUGCAUUGCAUCAACCACUGCCUCUGAACCCGAUCUUAGGAAUGGUCUAGAUUGGGCCUGUGGUUCUGGAAAUGUUGACUGUUCGGCUAUUCAGCCGAGCCAGCCUUGCUUCGAGCCUGAUAACUUGGUAUCUCAUGCUUCUUAUGCCUUCAACAGUUACUACCAGCAGAAUGGGGCUACAGAUAUUGCUUGCAGUUUUGGUGGAGCAGGGGUCAGAACGAACAAGAACCCGAGUUAUGACAACUGCCUCUACAUGACAUUUGGGGCCAACAAAACUGCAGCUGCCAAUGCAACCGCAAAUCCUUCAGCAAAAGCAUCGUCAUCAUCUGUGCAAGCAGUCUCAACGUUGGUCCUAGGCUGCUCUUUGAUGGCUGCUUCAUUUGUGUUCCUAUAACGUUCGUGCUAUUGCAGUAUCUUGGUUGUGGACGAAGAAAAUUGUCGAAACCUUGGUCUCCCAAGGCCUGCGUUCAAUUGUAUAGCUAUCAAGCACCCCAAUUUUUCACCAACUAAGAAGUUCUGUAUGGUUUAGCUCUAGUUUAGGUUCCUAGCUUGUAGGAUGAGAGCGUGACAAAAACUCAAGUGUUUAUUAGUUGCAAGAAAAUUGAAUGCUUCGAAAAAAUUGUAUUUUUGUUGCUAUGAACCCUGAGAACUAUGAGCUCUUGAGUUUUGCCAUAUGUAUUGUAAGCUACUCGAUUGUGCUG